AUGGCGGCCGAGACGCUUCCGAACUCGUCGUGGCAUCCGGCGCUGAUGCCCGAUCACGAGUCGCCGACGAAACUGUCGCCCAAUCUCGAACCACAGCCCUCGCCUGGUGCAUCUCCCGAUUCACUGCACAACGGCACCCCCCUCGAACAAGAGCCGGAGCCCUUCCAUCUUGACGAACACUCCGAACGCACCGGUAUCAGUAAUAGCGACAAUGUGCGCACCGACCCUCUACCUGCCCAUAUUGGCGACCAAGGCGGCGCAUGGCUAACCAUGGAGCAGUCUGUACGGAGGGCUCCAUCGAAACACGCUAGCUCCAUGUCCUUUGCGCGUACUGUCUCCCAUGAAGUCAGUUUCGCAGACGGCGACGAGGACGAGGCCGACUGGACACCACCGAGAACAGACACAGACCCCUUCAAGUUUAUGGCGCCUUCGGAUCGAUCCAACACAUUCCCAGUUCCUGCGCCUAUCGUCCCCAACGGCGCGGUUGAGCAGCCGCUUCCCGCAAACCAGGCCAUGGAGGCUUUUGGUGAAUCAGAGGAUCAGGACUGGGCACUGGGAGAUGGCGGGGAGGAUUUGUCUCCAUCGCAAGACGGACAAGAUCAGCAACGCCUGCCGUCGGGUGCUGAGCCGUCAGAGAGCCGACAUGGUCCCACCAGGUCGAUGGGUGGUGAUGCGCAGCCAAACGAAGACGAUGCCGCCGAGACACGCUUCGAAGAGGGAAUGCCACUCCUGCCAGGCUCUGACAGCCACCCCGCUGAGUCGACGACCACGCACAAAAAGCAAGGACCUGACUUAUUUGCCGAAGACGAGCCCAACGACGAUGAUUUCUUUGGUCAGAUUGGAAACUCUGCCCCCUCUGAUGAGCCUUCGAUAGAACCACUCGAACGAAAGUCGACAUCGCAAGUAACAGGUGACCUAUCCACCGAGCCGCUCCCGAGGCAGAAUACCUUUGGGACUUUGCAAGAGGAUGACGAACCGCCCUCUGACACUGCCAAGGAUCCCACGGCUCCAGCGCCUACUCGCGGCGGUCAUAGGAGGACUAAGACUCAAGACUUGAAAGCAAAUUGGGAGGCUGCGUUGAUGGACGAUGAGGAUGAUGACCUGCUCCUGGAUGAUGACGAGGAGGAGAACAAGGACUUGAACACAGCUGGGUUCCUUGGAAGCGACGACGAGGGGCUUCUUGAAGAUGAGGGAGGGUAUCCCACCCCAGCAGCACAGCAACCUGCUCCGAGGCAGACAUCGAGCUCAAAUCCGUACGCUCCACAAUCGUAUCGGCAACCCGCUACGGUACCGGCGCACUCGAGCCAGCAGUCCGCAACAGGGUCAUACUUCAACCCGCCCGCCCCAGCCAAUGCGUACCCAGGCGGACCGCAGUAUGGACGGCCCCCGCUGCCAGGCUCUGAUCAACCCAAGGCGCAGAGCUUUGCAGACAAGUCCAAAGGCGGUUACGCUUCGCCAUACGACCUACCAACUGACAUUAUUGCGAGCGUGCCAAAACCUCGCAAGAGGCCGAGCACGCAGCAAAUGUAUGCGCCAAGUGCCCCGGCUCAGCAAGGGCCUCCCCCAGGUCCUCCAAGCAGAGUUACCGAGCGCAGUCACCUGUGCAGCAGCAACCUGGUCCACCUCAAGGUCCACCGCAGGGUCCUCCUCAGUGAGCCCAUACGCCGCAUUGCAGUCUGGUUCCGGCCACAUCCCACCACCAUCUGGCAACGCUUCUCGAUACUCACCCUCACCUGGGCAGGCCCCAGCAACAGGCACGGUUCCUCCACCUGGCAGCACGCGAUAUUCCCCUGCUCCCCUGCCAGUGCCUCGACAAUCGAGCUAUAUCACUCGCCAAACACCGCCGCCUCCAGGGAUGCCACGUCUAUAACCAUGACCAUGGUUGCCCCAACGGACGGCCGGGAGCAAGAUCCCUUGCAGCGGUGGAAAGGAGUGCCCCUCUUCACCUGGGGCGCUGGAGGCGCUGUUGUCACGUCAUUCCCAAAAAGCAUACCAAGGUACUCGAUGGGAUCGUCGACGCCCACAGUCACCAGAACUCCUGGUGAGGUCAAAAUGCAGAACAUCCGAGACAUUGACACGCUGCCUGAGCGUCUAAUUAACUUCCCCGGCCCAUUGAAAGGAAAGUCCAAAAAGAAGGAGACCAUCGCUUGGCUGGGUUCUGGCAUCGAAAUCAUCGAGAAAGAAUUGCCAGACCUGUCUUUCCACUCGGCACUUUCCACCGAGGUGAAGAGGAGCUUUGAACGCUUGUUGCUUUGGAAGAUUCUACGGGUCUUUAUCGAAAACGACGGAGUCCUGGAAGGCAAGCCAAAUGUCGACAAAGCCGUCAGGGAUAUACUAUCUCCAGAAGCCAACGGCUCGGAGGAUGCGCAUGCCGGCGCGUCGGUGACGGCCAUGCAGGCGGAUGCGGUUGAUGCGGGCUCCAUGGAGGCUAUUCGAGCCAGUUUGUUCAAGGGCGACCGGGAGUCAGCGGUUUGGUCUGCAGUCGACAAGCGCUUGUGGGGGCACGCCAUGCUCAUCGCCAAUACAGUGUCACCAGACCUGUACAAGCAAGUGACACAGGAAUUCGUGCGUAAGGAGGUGAACUACCAAGGUCACAACAACGAGUCCAUGGCAGCACUUUACAAGAUCUUAUCUGGCAAUUACGAGGACUGUGUCGACGAGCUUGUUCCGUCGCAUGCGCGCGCUGGCUUCCAGCUACUAUCAACCACCGGAGCAGCGUCCGGUCCUGCCAAGGAUGCCAUGGACGGGCUUGACAAGUGGCGCGAGACUUUGGCCCUCGUGUUGACCAACCGCAGCCAAGGCGAUGUGCAAGGCCUCAAGGCCCUUGGCAGCCUUCUGGCUAGCUACGGUCGCGCUGAGGCCGCGCACGUGUGCUUCAUCUUCAGCAAGUCUGCCUCAAUCUGCGGGGGACUCGACGACCCGACUGCGGACUUUGUCCUCCUGGGCUCCGACCACAAGCAACAGUCCUCACGCUUUGGUAAGGAGACUGAGGCACUCCAGCUCAGCGAGGUUUUCGAAUAUGGACUUUCGCUAGCAGGCGCCGUCGGAGGUCUCCCUCAUCUCGCUGGGUACAAGUUCCAGCAUGCCCUCACCCUUGCAGAGCAUGGUCAACGCGAUAAAGCUUUGCAGUACUGCGAGUCGAUUGCAACUGCCAUCUCUUCACAGACCAAGAGAUCGCCCUACUUCAAUCCAUAUGUAGCAGCUUGCGUGGAUGACCUGAUCGCUCGUCUCAAACAGGUACCGAAAGGGGAGUCUGGGUCGUGGAUCUCCAAACCCAGCAUGGGCAAGGUUUCGGAUAGCAUGUGGAACAAGUUCAACAAAUUCGUUGCCGGCGAUGACGAGCAACAGGGUGCUCCGGGAGCUGAUGGCAGCCCCUUUUCACACAUUGGAGGUGGUACACCCACAAUCAGCCGGUCCCCCUCCACCAACAAUUUCGAAACGUACGGUGCUCCCGCGCCCGCAUACGGAACGGUUGCUUCGCCCCCUGCCACUGCAGUGCCGUCCAAGUAUGCGCCCAUGAGUGCUUCGCCAUAUCAACCCUCGUCGCAAUAUGCCCCUGCACCAGCCGGAGCGCCGCAAGAGACAUCCUAUCCAGCUCAUGGUCACAGCUCAUACGCUCCCACAUCUGGUUACCAGCCAUCCGAGCCUAGCGGCGAAAUGCCGGCUUCGCCCAGCUACGAGGGCUACCAGCCUCAUGUCCAGCCCCAGUCACCAAACGUGCCUGGUAUUUCCGGUGCCCAUCAAGGGCGGGCGGAACCGCAGGGCGCUUAUAAUCCUCCUGACUAUGGAUACGCGCCUCCACAGGACCUCUCGGCUACUAAGCAAGAGGAUAACCAUGUGAACGAGCCUCGGUCAGGAGGAUAUGAGCCACCUGCUCAGCAAUCUUAUGGGUACGAGCCUCCAUCGUAUCAGCCCGAUUUCACUGCCGAUGACGAUGAGGACACCAAGCCAAAGAGGGGCACGAUGGAUGACGAAGACGAUGCACCAAGGCCAUCAUCUCAGCAAUCCAAAGCAGACAAAGACCGCGAAAAUGAGGAAAUGUUCCGGAAAGCGGCAGAAGAAGAUGCCAAGCGCGCUGAGGCGGAAAAGGCGAACAAGAAGGGCUGGGGUCUGAGCGGCUGGUUCGGUGGCAAGAAGCCUGCCUCGCCGAGCCCUGGCGAGAGCUCCAAAAAGCCCGUGCGCGCCAAUCUUGGAGAGGCGAGCAGCUUCGUCUAUGAUCCCGAUCUAAAGCGUUGGGUGAACAAGAAGCCCGGUGCAGAGAAUACUCCGGCCAAGACGGCCACGCCCCCUCCUCCUCGCGCUGGUCCCCCCGGCGCCAGAUCGGUAUCUGGCACGCCGCCGCCUCCUAUGAGUACACCUCCCCCUAUGCGGUCAGCUUCUGGAGGUCCGCCGCCUCGGUCUAUACCUUCUUCGAACACCUUGCCCAACCUCAAGGCCCCGGCCUCGAACGACAACAUGAGCAUGCCACCACCAUCUGCGCCCAUGGCCCGCUCCGUUUCCAGCCAGAGCGCCGGCGCACCUCCGAGCGCACCCCCCAGUCGACCCGGUACUAGUAUGAGCAAUGCGAGCAGCAUCGACGAUUUAAUCGGUGCUGCCGCACCUCGUAAGCCUGGUCAGAAGAAGGCCAGAAAGAGCGGCCGAUAUGUUGACGUAAUGGCCAAGUGA